GACGAGUUCACCUGCUCGGUGUGUCUGGACAUCCUGACUGGACCCCGUGUCACUGCUUUGUGGUCACAGUUUCUGUCGAAGUGCCUCACUGACUGCUGGGAUCAGAGCCAAGUGUGCCGCUGUCCUCAGUGCAGAGAAAUCUACAAUCUGAGGCCACAACUGAGAAGAAACACUGUGCUGAAUGAAAUCACAGAGAAACUAAAGAAGACAGGACACAGUUCAUCUCAGAAGUAUGCUGGCCCUGGAGACGUGGAGUGUGAUGUCUGUACUGGGAAGAAGUUCAGAGCGGUGAAGUCCUGUCUAACCUGCUUGGCCUCCUUCUGUCAGCCUCACCUGCAGCCCCACUAUGAAGGAGCAGCCUGGAAGGACCACAAGCUGACUGAUCCUGAUGGAAAUCUGAGGAGGAAACUCUGUGCAAAACAUCAGAGAAGUCUGGAAAUAUUUUGCAAAACUGAUGAUUUGUGUAUCUGCAUGAUGUGUGUGGUGACUGGACAUAAAGGUCAUGAAAUAGUGGAGCUGGAGACGGAAAGAGAAGAAAAAGAGGUGAGUGGGAUUUGGUGUUUAAUUGAAACAAAUUAAAUAACAAGA